AUGGGUAAAAGAGGAAGAGAGUCUUCACUUGCUCAUCAUCGCAAGAAGCGGAAGCCCGAUUUUCCAGCAUGGUACGGCCGCGUCCUCUCCAGACACUUGUACGACGACUGCGACCCCGAGGAUUUUGACGAAGAUCUAUUUGAGUUAGACGACGAAGAGAAACAGAUAGUAGACAAUGAUCUCGAGCCAGAUGAAUGCUAUUGCGACGGAAACAGUGAAGACAGCGAGGGCGGGAUCAAGGAGAAUCCGAAUUGCAUCUGCCAGCGAGAAGACGAAGAGAGAUCCGUCCAAGGUUCCGACGCGGAACACUAUUACGAGAUGAAAGAAGUCCGCCAGGAACGAAAACGCGAAUUAUACAAAGAGAACACAGAGCUAGAGAAGGAGAAGUCGGAACGCAUCGUUUUCGAGCAGGAGAAGGAAGACGAAAUCAACGCGGCAUGGAAGGUGUUCAAGAAGAAAGCGAAGAAGUACAAGAAGAAGGGGAAAUCAAUUCCCCUCGAGUCCCUGAGAACAUGA